UUUCUCUCUUCACAUUUGCUUGCACGUUGUCUAAUCGUUCAUAUUUACAAAAUAGAAGUUGUAAACAACUAAAAGCAGAAAAUGGAAGUUCUUAACCCUUGUUUUUCUGGUUUAUGCAAUCUGGAAGUCAUGGAAUGGCUCAGGAAUAUUAAGGAUACAAAAAAGAAGUAUGGUCUAAGAAACUUGGCGACUAUCACCUACGAAACUCUACAGUUUUUGGAGGAAUCUCCAUGUAAAUAUGAGACCCGUGACAGCAUUAUGCAUUUUUUAAAAGAUAUGGAAACCUAUAAAUUGAGCACAAAAGAAUUGCUCAUGAUGGUCAAUGACCCACCUUCUAGUGCUUUACACAUACAGUUGUUAAUUGAAGACAGUGAGGAACGAUUAACCGAGGACCAAGUUAAUGAAAUUAUACAAAUAUCAAAGAGACACUUUCCUGGUCCUCCGAGUGAUACAAGUUGAUAAUAAAAUCUUUGUUCGUGUAGUUAAAAAUGUUUUCGAAUUUGUAAU